GACAAGCACAGUUGGUGACUGGCGAGUUGGCCAUUGGCCAUUGGCCAAGCCCACGCUCAAAUCUCCAGCUAAUCCCAAUUGCAUUUGCAGUUUAAUUAGCAAAACCUUUUGGCCACAGUUGAAAUUAUAUACAGCACAACUCAACGGCUCGUUUCUAACUAUUCUAUUUGCAGAAGACGGCGACAGCGAAACCGACCAAAUAUCAUUAUUAUCCGCACAAUCAACACAUCUAUCUGCUGCCCGAAUGCGCCAUACAGCAGGUCUGCAAUGCGGUCUACGUGCGGCUCAACUAUACCCAACCGCUCUGCGCCUGUCCAUCAAGAUAUCGUGAUCCCUGCUCGGCCAGCCUCAACGAAGAUGAUCAGCACACCACCAAAUUGGUCGGUGAUAAUAAGAAGAAGGCAAUUACGCUGGCCAAAACCUGCGAGGCAACAACUGAAAUGCGCGAAUGUCGCUCGCCCAAGGAUUGGUCCCUGCUGGCGUUGCAGAAUACACGCACCGGUAAAUCGCACUAUCUCGUCAUCUGCCGCUGUCCCGAUCACUUCAAGAUGGAGGGACCCAUGGCUCAUGAUCAGCCCACCUAUGCGAGCGUGCCCGGAAUUCGUGUGUUCGGCAUGAUGUGCGUCAAGCCGGGCUACUCUGUGCGCAAGCCCAGCGUCCAGCCGCCCAAGCGCUAUCAGCUCCAGAAGCCCUUCUAUCGUCCGGGCAGCACACUUGGCGCCCAAAAGGACAGCUAUGGCAGGCCCGUUUAUGGCGGCUCAUCGGGCAGUCAGGUGGGCAGCUCGGCCAUAAGCGCCAACUAUCACCCGCAGGAUCAAUCCUACCAGAACGGCGGCGGCGGCGGCGGCGGCAGCAGCUCGUAUCAGUAUCUAAAUCGACCGGAGAGCUCGCAUACGCACAGUUCGCCCAAUUUCCGACCGGAUCAGUUUACGCUCAACGGUUUUCCGGGCAGCAACUAUGGACGCAACAAUGAGAGACGCGGCGAGGCGCCGCCAAUUGAGGCGGCCGCCGAGGAGCGCGAACAGGUGCCCAGCAGCAGCACACAGGCCAGCGAUGAGGCGGAGGCGCGCACCACGCUCCAAGCGGAUGCCAAUCUGGAGCGGAGCGAGCCACCGACGGCGGAGCUAACAACGCCGCCGGAGGCGAACCGUGCCAAGCGAUCGCUGGACACGCUCGAUGACUAUGAGCCCGAGUUUCCCUGGGAUCGUGUGCUGGAGUUUCAACAGACCAUUGUCUGGGAUUAGGCGAAACAUAACGGAACCUUAGUAGUAAAUUUUUCUAGCACAAAAUUUUGGAGCGAGCCACGAAUUUUUUGGAAUACUCUGCAAGCUACUGUGACUGAAGCAAAUGGAUCGCGAUCUACUGAUUGCCCGGCGAUAGAACGGGAUCAAUGACUACGCAAGAGACAAGGCGGUUUAACGUGACGUUACGUCACGUCACGUAACGUAACGCAACGUAACGUAUAUACAAUUAGACGCUAAGCACUUAAACAUAAGCAUUUGAAAUGGCAUUUUCUGAUCGUGAGCUGAUCGCGUUCGCUCCUGUUACCUUAAUUUAACAAAUACUCGUAUUUUGUAUUUAUUUGAAAACAAUUACGAAUUAAUUAAACAAUUACGCGCCAACGCCCACGCCCACGCCCACAC